AUGAUGCAACGUCAAAGUCGUUUAGGCCCUCCGAGUCCUCUCCAACCUCCGAGUUCUCUACCUAGUCAGCAUAUGUUCAAUGGAGCUCACGAUUUUAACAUAGGACAGGCGGUGUUCAAUAACGUGGGUCACGACCAAAUUCAAAACCAUAAUCAUAACUACUAUUACGCCAAUCUACUUUGGGAAGCGAUUAAAGACGUCGGAGCGUCUCAUAACUCGGAACAACAGGCUGACCGCGGUUCUUGUCUGGCUGGAACUCGUGAAGCAGUUCUCGACCUGAUUCGACAAUGGAGAGUUUCCGGAUGCCAGAGUUCACCAGUAUGUUGGCUUUCUGGUGCUGCGGGUGUAGGGAAGUCGGCUAUCGCAUUGACUGUUGCCGAGGAAUGCGAGAAGGAUGGACUUGUGGCCUCAUUCUUCUUCUUUAGAUCAGACCCAAAGCGAAACAACCCUUCCUCCCUCAUUUUAUCUAUUGCACAUGGCCUCGCGGUCAAAAGACCACAUCUGAAAGCUCUUAUCGACGAGAAAAUCGCUGCUGAUCCUGGGAUCCUUAGAGCUAGAUUGGAGAAUCAAUACAAGGAAUUGAUUCUAGAGAAUCUUGAUCAUUCUUUCCCUUCAUCUGCUCGGAGUACCCCCGAUCUAGUCAUCAUCGACGGCCUGGAUGAAUGUAGUGACGCUGCUACGCAGCGGCGCAUCCUCUCCAUCAUAUUUUCCACAUAUCGACAACGAUUUCAUUCCUCUUUGCGAUAUCUGAUAUGUAGCCGCCCUGAAUCCUGGAUCCAAAUAGAAUUCCGGGGGUUCAGUGAGUUGACGAAACAUAUCAAACUGGAUGAUUCAUUCCGCCCCCAGUACGACAUUGAACUUUACUUCAAUCAGCAAUUUCAGGAGAUCCGCAGAGACCCCAACUAUUCACAUGUUGUAUUCCCAGACCCAUGGCCCGCGCCUCAUAUUGUUCGCUUCCUGGUUGAGAAAGCCGAUGGUCAAUUCAUUUUUGCAACGACUGCCACCGAGUUCAUCAAGGCGGAGUAUGCACUUCCAACUGACCAGCUUUGUAUCAUUCUCGAUACUAUAUCCAACCAGUCCUCCGAUUCCUCGAGAGAGUCGCCUUUCAAUGAUCUCGACAAACUCUAUCUCGUGAUAUUGCGUGCCAACCCUGACCGCGAUAAGCGUCUACUCCCCGUUCUCGCAAUGAUCGUCAUAUUCAGCAACAGCUCUCCAGCAUUCAUCGAACUCAUACUCGGACACUCGCCCGGCACGGUUGUUCAGACAUUACGUGCAAUGCACUCUGUGCUUGAUGUCCGUGAUCGAGAGGAUGACAUUAGGAUUUACCACAAAUCCUUCACUGAUUUCCUCUUCGAUUGGGCACGGUCAAGGGAGUUCUUUAUUGACAGGUCGAUGUGGACUGACUCCGUGGCCUGUCGGUGGACUAGGGCUCUUACUGAGCAGUGCAGAAAUGACCCUGAACUGCUAAAAACUCAUGGACAUUCAGCUGACUCAAGGUCUUUACGGACGUUGGUACAAGGCUGGAACGAUGACUGCCUUGCCCGAGUGGAUCACCUGAUGUCGGAGGUGGAUGCUUUCUACCACGUGGCUUUGUCCGUUUCCGCGGAGUUAGUGGGUCACGACAUGCUCCUUCACUUGCUUGCAGCAGUUCUACUGCUUCCGUCUCGUGAACCACGCUCUUCCGAUUUCAUCCAAUCAUUGCUUGGAUUUCGGACAGAGGAUUUAUCUCUGGCAUCUCGAAACCUUUUAUACAAGAUUUUGCUUUUGAAGCUUGGCCAGCAACCUGAACCCCUUUCCACAUUCCUACUUGACCGAGAACGGUCACAUAACUUUUUCGUUGAAAAGGACUAUCAGAGCAACUUCCUUGCUGUGAGAUGUCUCCGUCUUUUCCAGAUGGAUGAGGGCCCUCAAGAUAAGUUCUUGGUCAAAAAUUGGGCUCACAUCUGCACUGACGUCGACAAUCCUACCGAGGAAUUGUUUUUUGAACUUGGCCGUAUUGGUUUAGGUGGCAUGCUCGCGAAAUCUCUCGACUAUUCACAUGAUCUAUUCCAUGACUUUGAAACAAUCUCAACCUGGCUAUCUAAAUUUCAGACCAACAGCUUGGCUCCCCCUGAUCUUAUUAAUUCUUUUGAAAACAUUCAAAGAGGGUUUCACAUUCGAUGGACAGCGCUAGAUGUCGAGCCAGGAUUUCACGAUGACGUCAUCACCAUAUCCAUCCUGUGUGGUCCUUGGAUCCGUCAAGAAUUUGUCGAGCGGAUCACCCGUCGUGAGGCUCGCGACUGGCGCUCAACGACAAUGAAUCGUUUAUUUCGCAGCAUGGACUACGAUAAUUCUCGGCGACUUUACGACUGGUUCAAGACCGAAUUGCGCUCGGCUGAGGUUUGCAGGUGCUCAAGCUCAAUGUCUGCAUCUGAUUUUGACUGCAUUUCAACUCCGAUCCCUAGUACAGACCUGCAUCAUAUCAGUAUCCCAGCUGCUUGUGCUCGAAUUGUCAAAGGACUCGUACCCGGUUUGGGCUUCGGGAUACUUUUUGACAAGAAUAUCACCAAUGCCCUAUUGUUGCUUUGUCCAGGUCUAUUAACGCAAUGUCUUCCCCUACCCGAACUCCUUCCCCACUUUCGGACACUUUUGGAUUUUGCAAAGACAUUGGAUAUACACCCUUUCAGCUCGCGAGACAAGCUGUUGCCAUGGCUCGAGAAAUUCCCUGCCCAUUGUGCCCAUGAAGUUGAAGCUAUCAGAAUUGAUCUCCUGUCCCUAACGUCGCAUGAUGAAGAGGAUGAUCGAUGA